UUAAUUAUAUUAAUUAUAUUAAUUGAAUAUGUCCGGAGAAAAUUCAGAAGGGACAGAUUUUGAAACGUAUAAUGAUAAUAUUGAUAUUAAAUCAUUACCUAUAUUAACUCGAUCUCAAUUGAGUUUAUAUAAUGGAGAAGAUAAAUCACAAAUUUAUGUUGCUAUUAGAGGAUAUGCUUAUGAUGUUAGUGAGAAUACCAAAAGUUAUGGACCAGGUAGAUCAUAUCAUAAAUUAGUUGGGAAAGAUGUUAGUCGAUUAUUAGGAUUAAAUAGAUUAACUAUAACAGGAAGUAUUAAUAAUAGUGAUAAUAGUGAUAAUAAUAAUAGUAAUGGUAAUGGUAAUGGUAACGGUGAAGGAAGUGAGAGUAAUUUAAAGGAAACUACUUGGUAUACUGAUGAUUUUACAGAUAAAGAGAAUGAGAUUGUUGAUAGAUGGGUAUUAUUCUUUAGAAAGAGGUAUAAGAUUGUUGGAGUAGUUGUUGAUCAUGAUACUGGGACUAGUUCAAUUGUAUGAAGAAGUAAGUAAGUACAGUGUAGUAUUUAUGGUGGGGUAAGUAUUGUGUGCAGUCACUUAGUUAAUAAAUGUAAAUGUAGUACAUACAUUAAAGUACAUAGAAUAAGUUAGUGUAUCAGGGUUUAACAGUCCAGACCCAAACGGUAUGUAGGACUACGCCAAGGUUGCUAUGGAGAUCUGAUGAAAUUGAGGUUAUGAAACGAGAACGCGUAGAUGUGAAACUGAUUAGUUUGAGCGAGAGUGAGUGAGUGAGAGUGAGUGCGUAUUAGAAUUAGAAUUAGAAUUAGAAUUAGUAUGAGAAUGAGAAUGAGUAAACAAAUCGAGUAAACAAAUCGAGUAAACAAAG